AUGGCACCAGUCUCGCUACUCCCAGUCACUCAACCGGAAACCCCCUCCGUCAAAAGCGACCCUAAGAAAUUGCCACACGUGACCACCGAUGUGGUGAUCGUUUUGGACGACGAGAUUGCGUUAACUACGUAUCCUGAAGAUUCCAAACUUUUAGGUCUUGAAUGGGGAGCUGCAGCGCCGGAUGUUCGUGGUCCAGUCGUUUGCUCGCGCUACCACGACGGACUGGCCAAACACAAUGCAAUUGGUGCGCAUUCAGGUCCCUACUGCGUGUACCACGCACUUGCUGUAGCAUCUAAGCAGCUAGACCCCAACCACGUUGCCGACUACACGAAUUCCCAGCCCGCGUUCUCUAUUCCCGAGCAGAAGUCUUGGUACAACAACAAGGAUAUCGUGGCAAUGGACCCAUUGGGCCAUCUCACGCCUUUUCUGUUCGAUGAAACCGCCAAGUCUGAAAACGUGGAAAUCAGGCCCUCAAUUUCGGUUACCAAAGCAACCAUGCAAUUAUUUGAGCUCAAAGAAGCGGUGGCCAACAAACGGCUCCAAGUAGAUGGCACCAUUGUUCUUAACCAAAACGGCGAUGUGGCAGUAUCCAAAGUUGCCGUCGAACCCGUUUGGUAUUUGCCCGGCGUAGCGGAACGGUUUGGUGUGACUGAGCAAGAGCUCAGAAAGGCUUUAUUCCAAGACACCAAUGGAAUGUAUCCAGAACUCAUCACCAGACCCGAUAUCAAAGUGUUUGUGCCACCAGUGGGGGGAUUAACGGUAUACAUUUUUGGCGACCCAGCGUUCGUGUCGGAUCCCAACAAGAAAGUUGCCCUCCGGGUCCACGACGAGUGUAACGGCUCGGACGUGUUUGGAUCUGACAUUUGUACUUGUCGUCCAUACCUGAUCUUUGGCAUUGAAGAAGCCGUGAAACAAGCUCAAAACGGAGGUUCCGGUGUUGUCAUUUACUUCCGUAAGGAGGGCAGAGCUCUUGGCGAAGUCACCAAGUAUCUGGUUUACAACGCACGCAAAAGAGGUGGUGACACUGCAGACGAGUAUUUCCACAGAACAGAGUGUAUUGCCGGUGUACGCGACAUGCGUUUCCAACAGCUGAUGCCAGAUAUUCUCAAAUGGCUCGGAAUUUCCAAAAUUGACCGCAUGCUAUCCAUGUCCAAUAUGAAGCAUGACGCUAUUGUCGAGCAAGGAAUUCCUAUUCUAGAGAGAGUUCCCAUCCCAGACGAGUUGGUUCCCCCCGAUUCCCGUGUCGAAAUUGAUGCUAAAAUCAAUGCUGGAUAUUUCACUAACGGCAAAGUUAUGACUCAAGACGAACUAAAAUCUGUUCAAGGUAGAACUUGGGAUGAUGUUGUCUGA